AAUUAAUCUUGAGGUUUCUUCUUUAGAGGCUUUUGUUUGUCAUAGAACUAGACGAGGAUAUAGAAAAAAAAACAUAGUUAAAAAUCAACUCAAAUCAAAUCAAAAGGAGUUUGUUCAUAACUUUGAUGAGUUUGCAAGUGGAUAUAUCCAUUCCGACAUGGUGUUCGGCUGUCGAAACAACUUGAGUCGAGUAAUUCCUCCUAAUUCACAUUCUCAACUUCCUCACUUGUGGCUUUCAUUACUCCAUGAUUUCAAGUCAGCGUGUGAAUGACUGCUUAGAGAUUAACUGAAAGACAACACAAUAUAAUCAAUAUCAUAAAUCUUGCUUCAUUUUUCUUUCUUUCUUUUAAGGAAAACUUUGGUUCACUGUGGCUGUGCCUUUCUUCUCAAAGCAACUAUCCAAUUUCUGAUAAGUGGCGGACAGAGUGGGAGAGCAGCAAACGCAGAGCCAAAAUGAAAACUCCACUUUAUUAGUUCAUUCCCUUUCAAAAUGUAUUUAUGUUAUACUCUCCCCCUCACUCCCCAUUUCAUCUCCGAAACCUCCUUAUAACUCACCCCCUAAAUUCAAAUGGCCACCUCCGGUAACCCCUUCUGGUACCACUUACUAUUCGGCCGGUGGUUCUCUGUCUUCGCUUCCAUUCUCAUCAUGUCCGUCUCUGGCGCCACCUACAUGUUUGGCCUCUACUCAUCCCACAUCAAAUCCUCCUUGGCCUACGACCAAACCACCCUCAAUUUGCUCAGCUUCUUCAAGGACUUGGGCGCAAAUAUCGGCGUCAUCAGCGGUCUCGUCAACGAGGUCGCUCCCGCCUGGGUGGUUCUUCUGAUUGGCGCCGUCAUGAACCUUUUUGGCUACACCAUGAUUUGGCUAGCCGUAACCAAUCGGAUUCCCAAGCCCCAAAUAUGGCAUAUGUGUCUCUACAUUUGCAUCGGAGCUAACUCUCAGACCUUUGCAAACACAGCGGCUCUUAUCACCUGCGUCAAAAACUUCCCGGAAAGUCGUGGUAGCAUUUUGGGGCUCUUUAAGGGAUUCGUCGGCUUAAGCGGCGCCAUUUUGUCUCAGCUUUUUCAUGCGUUUUAUGGCAACAAUUCAAAAUCUCUUAUUUUCUUAAUUGCUUGGCUUCCUUCAGCCGUCUCUGUUAUCCUUCACCGUUUCGUUCGCAUCAUUAAGGAUCUACGACAGCCCAACGAGCUUAAAGUUUUUUACCAUGUCCUUUAUAUUUCUCUCGGCCUUGCUGGGUCGUUAAUGGUUUUUAUUAUUUUACAAAAUCGUCUCCGAUUUCAACAAAUACAUUACGUCGGAAGUGCCAUCGUUGUCAUUGUUUUGCUUUUACUGCCUCUGGCCAUCGUUUUCAGAGAGGAAUUGAGAAUUUGGAGGAGUAAAAUCAAAAACCCAAUUCCACAAUUGGAGUUAGCAUCUCAACUACCGCCACCUCCACUAACCUCGGCGGUGCCACCGGCACCGCCGAACCCACCGUCGGACUCCUGCUUUAAAAACAUGUUUAACCCUCCAAACAGAGGAGAAGACUACACAAUCCCACAAGCCAUUUUCAGUAUCGAUAUGAUAAUUCUUUUUAUCGCCACAAUUUGUGGUGUCGGUGGAACAUUGACGGCGAUCGACAAUUUGGGCCAAAUCGGAGAGUCAUUGCGGUACCCAUCUCACAGUACCACCACAUUCAUCUCUCUAGUCAGCAUAUGGAACUACCUCGGCCGUGUAGUCUCCGGAUUCGUAUCGGAAUAUUUCUGGAAAAAGUACAAAGUCCCACGUCCUCUAUUUCUCUUCGUGACGCUUAUUCUGUCCUGCAUCGGUCAUCUUCUAAUAGUAUUCGGAGUUCCGAAUUCAUUGUAUUUUUCUUCAAUCAUAAUCGGGUUCUGCUUCGGCGCACAGUGGCCAUUGAUCUUUGCAAUCAUAUCGGAGAUUUUCGGGUUGAAGUACUACGCGACUUUGUACAAUAUGGGUGGAGCGGCGAGUCCGAUUGGGGCGUAUAUCAUGAACGUGAGAGUGGCAGGUCAUUUGUACGACAUGGAGGCAGAGCGACAGAUGGAGGCGGCGGGGAGACUAAGAAAAGAAGGGGAGGAUUUGAGUUGCUUGGGAGUGGAAUGUUACAAAAAGGCGUUUCUUAUAAUCACAGGGUCGACGGUGUUUGGGGGACUUGUUUCGCUGAUUUUGGUGGUUAGGACAUGGAAGUUUUAUAAAGAUGAUAUUUACAGGAGGUUCAAGGAGAAGGAAGGUGAAGACAUCGAAAUGAAAAUGGCCGCUCCGACCAAUAAUUCGUUGACGGCGGCGAAAACUGUAUCUGCUUAGUUACCUUUUUUU